UGCUGACGGGGAAUACAUCAUCACUACUAUGACCAAGGCCGUCCUACACUACAAUGGCAUCGUCACCUGGUCGCCCCCUGCAAUAUUCAAGUCCUCGUGUGUCAUUGAUGUCCGCUACUUUCCCUUCGACCAACAGGACUGUUUCAUGAAAUUCGGCUCCUGGACGUACGAUGGGUAUCAGAUCGACUUAAAGCACUUAGACCACCGUGGAGAAGACAUUUAAAAGGGGGGCAUCGACCUGCGUGAAAUUCCCCCAUCGUCGAGGGGGGGACAUCUUAGUGUGCCAGCGCAGGGGAAACGAAAAUUUCUCUCGCCCCAUCCAGAUAUCUAUUUCAACAUCACACUGAGGAGAAAGACUCUUUUCUACACUGUAAACCUGAUUAUCCCGUGUGUGAGCCUAGAGUACUUGUCGGUGCUGGUGUUUUACCUGCCAGCCUACUCCGGGGAGAAGGUAGCACUCUGUAUCAGCAUCCUCCUCUCCCAGACCAUGUUCUUCCUGCUCAUCUCAGAGAUCAUGCCCUCCACCUCGCUGGCCAUGCCGCUUCUCGGCAAGUACCUGCUCUUCACUAUGCUGCUAGUAGGCCUCAGCGUCAUAGUUACAAUCAUCGUUCUCAACAUUCACUACCGCAAGCCCUCCACCCACCGUCUCGCACGAUGGGUCAGAAAGCUUUUUAUCGACACACUGCCUCCGCUGCUGCUGAUGCGGGUACCUAAAAAGGAGGAGACGAAAGCGGACACGCAGAACCUGCCAGGGGGACGACCAAGGGAAAACGGCAACGGGGCCAACCUGAGAGAGCGCUUCAGGGAGCGACAACAGCAGUUCCCAGGAUCAUCUUUCAACGGUUUGCGUCCACCAGGUGGCGGGGGCUGCCCUGGGGGAUUGAGAGCUGGGGGACUUUGUGGUCUGGGUUCGGUGGGUGCUAGCAGAGACGUAGACGAGGAUGGGCUGCCUGGGGCACCGGGCAUGUCUGGGGGAGGCGGCAUUUUCGAAGCCCCAUAUGGUGACCUUCCAGAGUGCUUCCACAUCUCACCGGAGGCUCAAGCACACUACCCACUGGAGAUAAAGCGGGCCAUCCACAACGUUAAGUUCAUCCACUACCAUCAGAUGCAGCAAGAUAAGUUUGAUGAGGAGGACGAUGACUGGGCGUUCGUGGCCAUGGUGCUGGACCGGCUACUGCUAUGGGUGUUCGGUGUCACGUCGGUCUUAGGAACCAUUGUCAUCCUCUUCGACUCCCCCUUCCUCUACGACUCCACUGCCCCAAUAGACAUUAUCUUCAGUGAAGUGGCCCGCUUACAGUUCCAGCAAGAGGUCUCAGACUUUUAAAACAAAAUAGGAAGUGGGUGAAACAAUCCCGUUUCACCUUCAGGCCACUUCGAGUGAAUUGUCUUAGGUCAUCGUGUUAUGCUGUAUACUGUUUUCUGAUCCGAUUGGGUGUUAUUGAAUCGGGAAAACAACAAGCAUAAG